AUGUGGAAGCGAUUGGGAAGUACUGUCAGUGAAUUGGAGUUCCUGAAGCUGGCUCAGGCUAUUCCUCCAUCUUACUAUGAGGCUGUAGGGAUAUCUCUAGGGAUCCCCCAUGCUCAACUACAGUCAAUCCUGGCAGAGAAUUCGAAGAACUACACCAAUGCGUUACUAGAUGUGUUUAUGAAAUGGAAUGUCAUGCAGCAACCUUCACACUCAAACAAACGACAGCUUUUGGCAGACAAACUACAAGAGAUUGACUUGGGUGGCCUAUCAGACGGAUUACUGAAUGGACCUCCAAUACCAAACAGCACAGGAGGGCCAUCAAGACUGCUUGAAUCGCAGACCAAACCUCAUUUAGCUGAAUCUCAGACCAAACCCCUUUCUCCUGAACUGGUUGAGCGGUGUGCAAAUGAUCUCAAGUUCAAGUACAGGUCAACUCUCUGUAAGAUCAGAACUGAUCCUCUCAAUCCUGCUUCCACUGUGCAGUUUCAAGACAUGUAUACUGAUCUCUACUUACAAGAAGAACAUGGGACAGAGAAGCGACAGCUAAAUUACAAUGAUAUCCUUGAUCUCGAAGUCAAUGGAGAGUUCCCCAAGAGGAUCAUGGUUCAGGGAGAGGCAGGGGCUGGAAAAACUACAUUUUGUGCUAAGAUUGCCUGGGACUGGAUUGAAGGGAGGUAUUUCAAUCACUUUGUGUGGGUCUUGAUUGUUCCUCUACGUGAAUUUAAGCAACACACUAUUGGCGAGAUUGUAAAGUCUUAUCUGGCCAAAAGCAAUCCAGCAACGGUUUCACAGAUUACUGAGUAUAUUCGGUCAAAUCCUGACAAGGUAUUCAUCGCAUUCGAUGGGCUAGACGAAGUCCGUGGCAAAAUCAUGAAGACAGAAUCUCACCAAUCACAGCCUACUGAUCAAAUGCAACUUCAGCCAACACAUCCAAGUGUCACCUCCUCAGAGGCAUGUGGAAGCUCAUCUGAUAUUGGACUUGUCGAUAUUCUUUGUUCCGAUCAACUUGCCUCUUGCCCAGUCUUGGUGACCACUCGUCCAUGGAGAGCAGUAGAGAUUAGAUCAGAUGGUGAUCUAAUGAAGCUCUACACAUUCAUUCAUGUUCAGGGUUUCAACAGAGAGAAUUUGUCAGUUUACAUUCAUAAAUACUUUCCAAAGAAUGAGGAUAAAGCAAAUCAGCUCAUCCAGUUUACCAGUGAGAAUGAUGUCAUAUCUGAAAGCAUGGCCCACUAUCCAAUAUAUGUAGCCAUGUUGUGUCUUAUGUGGAAAGAACGUAACGAGCAAAAACUAAAGAAAAUGAAAUCACUGAAAACUUUUUCCCAGAUAUUCAAAGAAAUGAUUGCCUUUCUAAAAGAACAUUAUACCCAGAAAGAGCUGAAGAAAGUAGGCAGCCCCUCACUUAUUGCCUAUUUGAAAAAAAUUGAUGAGCUCCUUAGACCUAUUGCCAAACAGGCCCUCAAUGGUCUGCUAGAAAAUACACUGGUUUUCUGUGAGGCUGAUUUCGAGAAAUGCCAAUAUUCCAAGGAAACUGCCUGUAGGGUUGGGAUUUUGUCUCAGGAGGACAGAAUUACUGCUGAUACAGAUACACAUGAGAGGAGUUCUCAUGUGCAAUUGCCAGUCUUCUUCCCUCAUAAACUGUUUCAGGAGUACAUGGCUGGAGUCCAUCUUGCUUCCAUAUAUGAAUCAGAUCGUAAUGAAUUCAACAGGCUGAUUGAGCAAGUAGUGCUGCCAAGGAAGGAGGAGUUUAGGUAUCUCCUGUACUUCACUGUGUCACAGAACAAAAGUAUUGCAACCCAUGUAAUGAAGUAUAUGCUUCAGGGACUAAACAUGUCCAAAAGGGCUUCACAGGAACAAUUAGAUUUCAUUGUUGAUGUAGCCUUUGAGAGUCAGGGCCCAGAUGUAGCAGCCUUGGUGAAGGACAGGGUUUCAUCAGAGGAGAUUGAGCUGUACAUAGGCACAGACACGACAGCACACACUGUAGCUGGUUAUGCAUUCAUUGGACCACAUGUGGUAAGUUUAAUCAUAGUUUGAUGAACCAAAUUAGUUAAUUUAUUUUUGUACAAGUUCUUACUUUUACAUCUCUUGCAAUUUUCUUACAGUACAACAGUAUAAUUAUGGAAGGGUGCAUCUUGACUAGCACAUGUGCUAUUAUCUGGCCACUU